CGACUGACUGCAGGUAGUAGGGUCAGUCAGCUCAGCAGUUGAGAAACGUCACCGGAACAGAGACACAAACACGGUUUCCAGCGAUGCUUUGGUUUGAGGGCUCGAUACCUGAUGCCAUUAAUGCUGCCAAACAGCGAAAUUUCAUCUUUGUCGUUGUUAUUGCAGGGGAAGAUGAGCAGUCAACACAGCUGAUGUCCAGCUGGGAGGAUGGCAGAGUCUCAGAGGCAGCACAGAAGUGCUGCGUGGCCAUCAAAGUUGGUGCUAACAGCGAUGCCUGCGUGCAGUUCUCCCAGAUCUACCCCGUGGUGUGCAUACCCUCCAGCUUCUUCAUUGGAGAGAACGGGAUUCCUCUGGAGGUCAUUGCUGGGAGCAUGUCGCCUGAAGAACUGAUCAAGAGAAUCAACAAAGUAAAGGAGUUACAGAGGGGUACCAGGGAAACUGGAAGUGCUUCAGUCUUACCAGAGACCAGUAAUCCUGUGAAGACCAGUUCACCUGACAGCACAGCAGCAGAACCCGCCUCAGAUCCAGAUGGUGCUUCUGGGUCGACAGCAGAACCAUCCAGAGGGUUCCUGUCAGGUAAAACAGAGGGAAACUUUUCCAGCUCAGAGCCUCUUUCAGAGAACGCAUCCUCGGAUCAUGCUGCUUGGUGUUCAGAAUCUGAAGAAAACCUGGAUGCUAAGGUGGAAAGAUUAACGAAGAAGCUGGAGGAGAGACGAGAGCAAAAGAAGAAAGGAGAAGAAGAGGCUGAUAUUAGAAAAGAGAUGGAUCGCAGACAGUUGGGGAAAAACAUGCAGGACUUUAAGAGGAAACAGGAAGAGGAGAAAACCAAGAGGCUGCUGGAGGAGAGGAACCGAGAGAAGGCAGAGGAAAAGGCCGCCAGGGAGCGCGUCAAGCAGCAGAUCGCCAUGGACCGAGCUGAAAGAGCAGCCCGCUACGCCAAAACCCAGGAGGAGGAAGUGGCUGCCAAGCACGCCCUUCUACAGGCUCGGCAGGCAGACCAGGAGGCCAGGAAAGAAACAUUACUCCGAGAGCGGAGUACCAUUGCAAGGAUACAGUUUCGCCUUCCAGACGGGUCGUCCUUCACCAACCAGUUCCCUUCCCAGAGCAGAUUGCAGGAGGCCUGGGACUUCGCUGUUCAGGAAGUGGGGAAUCGCUAUGGACACUUUUCUCUUGCUACCAUGUUUCCUCGGCGAGAGUUCACCAGUGAAGACCUGAACAAAACCCUGGUGGAGCUGGAGCUGGCUCCCAGUGCUUCCGUCGUUCUCCUGCCACAGUCUGGACGGCCUGUUAACACGGUGGUCCAGUCUUCUGGACACGGGAUCUGGGCAGCUCUGGGCACACUGCUCUACCCUCUGCUAGCUGUGUGGAGAUUCCUCAGCUCCUUCCUGUUUGCAACCCCAGCACCGUCAGCAGCAGCAUCCAGAGGACCCGCCCAGCAGCGCCACCCACACAGCAACUCCGAACCUCCGUCAAGCAACACAAAGAGAGACGCCCCCUCCAAACAAACCCUGGAGAGUCGUCCCAAAGACUUCAAGAAAGAUGGUAAAAUCUGCAGGCUGAGGACUCAGGAGGACAGUGAAGACGACAACAACACCUGGAAUGGGAACUCCACCCAACAGAUGUAGUACACCCAGCAGCACCCCCCAUGAACCGGUUCAGGAUCAAACCCGACCUUCUCCCGGGUUCCAGGCCUGCAGCUUGCUUGCAUGCUCAGGUUUUCAGUGUCCGGCUUUGUGUUGAUAUAAAACAUGAUUCUGUCUCCUGGAUUAUUUUCUUUCCGUCAGUUUCAGCUCAUCUGGGGGAUCUGUGUGUAUCUGGCAACACAUCCUGUUAACAGCAGGAAACCCUGUGUGAGCCUGGCUUUCUACUCCUGUUCUGGACUUGCUGCGUUUUCAGUUUACGGCGGACUCGUGAUUUUUUCACAGCACUAGAAUGAAAAUGUUCCUCUUUUAAACGUAUGAAAUGUUUAGUUUAACAGCGUUUAGCUGCUGGCGAAGGAAAAUGUGUUGCUGCUCUGAGGUGGUGGCACACCUCCACCUUUUCCACUACUUACAGUGAGCGACUACUGUAGUUCUCCUCAUUCAGCCAUGAAUAAAGCAUCUUGUUUCUCUAAAA